UGGUAUCCGGGGCCGGCCAACAGCGGUACUCGGAACUGUAAGGUUUCAGAAUUAUUUCUAGUGGAACCAGUCGGAGUACUUGUAUGCUGCCGUGCAGUUGUGUGCUACUGUCUGGUCGUUAACGGAGCUCGGUUUGUCGUCGCUGGCGUAAUGGAGCUGGACAAAAUGGACGAAAACGACUGGAAGUAUCACGGAGAGGGAAACAAGAGCCUGGUGGUCUCUCAUGUACAGUUUUCCAGGGUUCUACGUCUGCUCAAGUAUCCGGCCGAGGACUCUGAAAACCCUCCACAGACAGCAGAGCAGGCCUUCAGGCAGAUCCAGAACAUCGUUGACUUCAGCUCCAACGUGAUGAGCAGCCUGCUGGGAGAGAAGUUCAUCCACAGCGGGGAAGUGGUCAAACUGCCGCUAGAGUUUGUACGACAGCUGUCAAUCAAAGUUCAGCAUCAGAGACCAGCGUGGCGCUGUGAUAAGGUGAUGGACAUCUACAGCGGCUGUGCUCUCUGUCUGCCCAACCUGACAUCUCCAGCCCUCCACCAGCCAACACACACUCCUCCGCUCUGUAUCGAGAUCAAGCCUAAGUGUGGCUUCCUGCCGUCCUCCAAACAUGUCAGCAAAGACAUCAAGACCAAAGUGUGUCGCUUCUGCAUGCACCAACACUACAAGGUGGCCAAUGGGAAGUGGAAGAGACGCAGUCUGUACUGUCCUCUCGACCUGUUCUCAGGGAACAGACAGAGAAUGCACUUUGCCAUCAGACACCUGAUAGAAGAACCUCAGAACAACUUUAAAAUCUUCAAGGGUGGUCAGUGUAUUUACAGCAGUAAAGAGGGCAGCGACGACUCGUUGGACCUGAACUCUCUGCUGCAUCAUCUCAGACCGUACUUCAUGUACGGAAACAACAGAAUUAACAGUCACAUGACUGGCAAAGCUGUCCUCAACGACUUCAUCCAGGUCCUGGUGAACGCCCUGCUGAGUGGCGGAGGAGGAGAUGGAGGAGUGGUGAUGGACAGACAAGGAGAAGGGCGGAGCUUCUGUGAAGCUAGUCACUUCAACAGGGAGAGGAUUCGCCACGGCUCUCAGGGUUUACCCAGCGACAGCGUUUUGUUCAGGAUCCUCCAGACUCAGAUGUUGGACACAUUGGACAUCGAAGGACUUCAUCCUUUGUAUCGCAGGGUGGAGCAGCACCUGCAGGACUUCCCCAAGGAGAGGACUCGUCUUCAGAUAGACGGGCCGUACAACGAGGCCUUCCUGGAGAAGCUGCAGAAAUGUCCAACUGAGGACGAUGGCUCAGUGGAGUACGCUGUCGCCAAGGUUCAUCAGUACCGCGUCGCCAUGACAGCCAAAGACUGCUCCAUCAUGGUCGCCCUGGUGCCCAGCACUGAGGAGGAGGAAGAUGAUGAAGGUCUCCCCAGUCAGAGGAGGCACAGAGACUUCCUCUCCUCCAGACCUCCUGCUUUCUCUUACUCUGUCUCCAUCUUGGAUCUGGACCCGAAGCCGUUCGACAGCAUCCCCCGCCAGCUGCGCCUGGACCAGAGGAUCGUCUCCUGCUACUUGAGGACUGGUGGUUCCUUGCCAAAAGGCUCUCUGCCACCACUCCCGGGCGGCAUCUUCGCGGCCGCAGAGAGGGAAGACUGCACGCUGCUCUUCCACCCGGUGUGAACACCUGCCCCCAGAGACUGAACUGACGCCACGCUGAUGCCUCAAACAGAGAGGAGAGACGCCAUGUUGGAUCCUGGAGGUCUAGAGUCAGAUCAGACCAGAGCUGUUUCUUCACUGCAGCACUUUUCUCCUCCUCACACAGCUCCUAAGAACAGGUAUCACUCUCUGGUUCCUGCUGCUGCUCGGCAAAAAAUAAAAUGAAUCUCCAGGAAGUUUCCACUAAAUCACCAGAUAUUUAAACAACUUUCAGAUUAUUUUUGUUACUGAUUCUAGAGCUUUUGUGUUGUCGUGGCAGCCUGACUCCUCGCUCCUGUCUGGAGGUGAAUCCCAACACCACAGCUCUGUUCUGUCAUGAAUCAUAUUUAUUAGAAAAGUUAACUUGUUCUUUCCUCUGGUGACAGAAGUUGGGAUUAAAGGACCAGUUCACAGUCACGUCUGUUUAAACAGUCAGGUGCCUGUAUGUGCAUCACAGCAGGUUUAUCUCGGAAGUUAAGUCAGUAUUUUAUAAAGUUUCCGUGUCUUUUGGUACAAAAUUUCAUAUUCUAAACUUUCAAAUAUGGACUGUGGCUUUUGUCCCUGAAGUGUGAACAGGAUGGAUGUUUACAGCCAGAAAAAAGAAUGUUUCAAUGUUCAUACUAACACCCGAGUGUUUUAAGACAGACCUGAAAAACCGUGAACCUGUCCUUUAACCUCCUGAUGAGGACUGAUGUGGUUGUGGUUGAGGAGAAGCAGGUUGUCGUUGGGGUGGGAUGUUCGUACAGUAUGAUGUCAUUUCCUGAAUGUAGGCCGGGGGGGUUGUGUCUGUCCAGGUUGUCUGGUGAAGCAUCACCAUGGUAACAGAAGCACUAGUUACCAUAGCUACAGCUGUCAGCGGUGUUAAGCAGAGGUUUUCAGUCCAACUCAUCACAAUGAUCAACUCCACACUAUUUUAAUAAUUAAAUACAGUUUUCAGGUUUUGGACAGUUUGACAGACAAAACAAGAAAACUGAAGACAUUUAACUUUUCAUGCACUAAAAAAAUAAUUGUUAGUUGCAGCUCUGAAAGAGAUGAGGUGAUUGUUGAACUGAAAACCUCCAGAAUCCAAACUGAAUCCACUGUUUUGAAUCUGAUGUAUUUUUGUCAAGUGUUUGUGCCGCGGUGUCGAGGGAAAUUUAGUGACGUUAAAGGGUCAGUUUAACCAAACAUAAGUUUCUCUCCUCCAUCCAGUGAAACCUCUCCAGUAAGAGAGUCCUGGUUUUUAUUUGUCCUGGCUUUGCAAAAUAAUGUAAUGUAAUUUUCAGCAGCAACAUUUCUCUUCAGAAACUGUGUCCGUGUUAAACCUAAAUAAUCCACAAGACACGCUGGAAACAGCUUUUACAGGAAGUAUUUGGCAGAAAUUGGCUCCAGUUGUGGCAGAAAGAUAUGCAGAUGCUGCAAUAUGAGUCACAAUUUUAGUUUUUAACAAAACAAAAACACUAAAAAUGAUGCUUGCCCCAGAUUCCUCAGCCCAAUGAAACAGUUUCUGAAACAAAGGCAAAACCUGGACAAAAUAUCCAAAAAUAUACAUACCACCAGAAGGAAGAGAGAAAACAGACGUUGGACACUGUCAGAGAGGUGUCGAUUCAGUUUAAUGUGCAUUAAACUGAAAGGCGUUUCUAUUAUUUUGUCCACCUCAUUUAUACAAAUGAAGCUAAAUAAGAGAAGCAGCUCUCUGUGUAAAGUGAUGCAGGUCAUCACCUCUCUGAUAGUUUCCUUAAACAAACUGUCGCGUCGCCUUUUUACCAACAUUAAUCCAUCUGUUUAAUGAUUAAAUGCUAAUUUAACUCGUUUUGUUUGUCAGGCUGUUGGAGGCUGAAACAUAGUCACAUUUCAGUAGAUGUCUAACAUCCCCUCGCUGACUAACCUGGUGAUAAUGUAGCUCUGUGAAGGUACGGUCACAUUACACUUCAAGAGAAAGAGAGAGUGAACUACGGUUAAAGUGAGUGAGAAAGUGUGAGAGAACUAGAGUUAGAGAGAGAGAGAGAGAGAGCUAUAGUUAAAAUGAGUGAGAGAGCUAGAGUUAGAGGGAGAGAGCACAUCAGAAAACCACUGUUCACCAUCAACAGAUCUUUUCUUCUGAUCAUCUGAUCCAUCAACUGAGUCUUGAGUUAAGAACAGGUGAGAUGCUGAAACUCCAGGUGACGUGCUAAAGUCGACGCAGGCAGUGUUGAUUUCAGAACAGAAGACUAAUGUGAACGUACGCUGGCAGAGGAUUUUAAAGUGACAUGAGCGAGGUUCAGUGACAGAACAGGGACGUCCUCUGUCUCCUGACCCAGGGGGCUGCUGGGUAACAGAGGGCGGCCGUCUUUAGACAAGCUGAGCUUCGUGCUGCUGCUCCGCUGGUUUUUGUGCCAUAAGUGGCUUCUUGUUGUGUGUUUGUUGUGUUUGUCCAUGUGCCUAAAUGUUCUGGUCGGACUGGAGGGAGGAGGAGGGGGGUGUAGGUCGAGGGUGGUGGUGUGUGUGUGUUUGUGUGUGUGGGUGUGUGUUGAGAAAACUCACUUUGUUACGGGCUGCGUUCACAGCUGAGAUCUGGGCUCUGGUUCGUCUCUGGUUCAGUUUGUCGGAGCUGCUGUGGAUGCAGCCGUGAAACUCUCAGUACCUCGAACUCCUGACGAUCCGAACCGAAGCUCUGCGAUGCGUUCAGGGGACGCUGGGAGGUUUUCUGAGGAUGGUGACGCCGCCUUGAGUUGAGACUUGAGUGGACGAGUAUAGAUGGCUUUUUCGUGGGUCUUCUUCCUGUCCUCAAGUACAAACUUCACGGCCUCGUCGUCCUCUUAAAACCAGCCAGCGCUCACGGAGGCUUCAGAUUUACUGGUAACACUUGACUUCAGUUCGUCUGUUUACAGUGUCUGCUCUCCAGUCGCCAUGACCCCCACCCUUAUCAGCCAAUCAAACGUCUGAAAACAAAUCACACUACAAAACUGAAACUUCAGACGAAAGAAGACCCUUCACACUCCAUUUUGCUCCCAGAGUCAGGCUCGUUUUCUGGCAGGAUGAUGUGGUCAGUUUAGUUAAAUCCAAACACUAAAAAGGUUUAAAUCAAGAGAUUCCAUGAAGACCAACUCUAACACUGUUACUCUGGACAGUUUGACCUUUAACAAAUCUGCCUGUCUGACACCACAACCGACGAAAAUACUCUUUCCUGGUCCAACUUAGUUGAAACUCACUUGUUUUCAGUAUGCAGCAGUGCUGUGUCCUGUGUUGUUUGAACAAAUCUGAGUCAAAAUAAACAACAACAAUCCAUUCAGUGUCAUUCUACCGCUUUCAAUGAGAGCAAGAGAAGAGAGAUGGUUGCAGUUGAUAAGUUACAUUUUUUUUUAACCAAUAAAGAAGACAAAGUUUGGCACCAGCUGGUAAAGGCAGGUACCUCUGAUAUAAGCUCUGGAUUUUACAGGGUGUUUCUUGCUAUGAGUCCACAUCUCUGUGUUUUGGGUGUCAGUCCUUUUUUGUGCUGCCCAGCUAGGACGAUUAAAGCUGGCCUUAGCUAGCUGUUUUCUCUAUGUUUCGGGGAGCACAGAAAUUGGCAACCGAAGCAUGAAGAUUUGGGCUCACUUGCAUCAGGGGUACCAGCUUUUACCAGCAGGUGCUAACAUUAGUUAGGUUAGCUGGCUAAUGUUGGCACCUGCUGGCGUCAAACUUUCCAAACUCUAACAGUUCCCUCUUUUUGUUCUUGAUAAAUGGAAAGCAUUAGAAUGACACUGGGGAGUUUUUUGGACUCAGAUCUAUUUAAACACCACAGGACAUGGUGCUGCAGCAUCUUGGACCCAGAAACAGUGUUUUUGUCGGCUGUGACGUCAGACUUACACAGAUCAUGUCACCCUCCUUUAAUUCUGACUUGACAUCUACCUGGCCACUGUCGCUGCCUGUUUGUCUGGGGGAGAGAGCGGCUGGAGAGCUAACAGCAGUGAACCGAACCAACCACUGAUCGUUCUAACUGUUGAAAUGAAAUGACGCGACAGGCGGCACGACGAGGUGGCAGGAGGAGGAGGAGGAGGAGGAGGAGGAGGAGGGCGUGGGAUUCAGGUCUGGACACAUUUAAACAGCAGUUGUUUGAUGUUUGAUGAAGUAUCAGGAUCAAACAAGUCGCUGCUGCGUCUGAAAGGAAAAGUUACUCAUUAAAACGUCUGUUUGUAUCUUAGGUUUAUGAUUUUGUUUUAAUUGAGUAAACAGCUGCAGGUUGUGUCUGACGCUAGCUAAAGCUGCGUUUAUGUAAUGUGCGAUGGAUGGUAGAAAAGAGGGUUAAAAAUACUGUACAAUAACACUAUAAACAUUAAAGUUUAUAAAUCUUUAAUGACAGGACUUUGUCUGACAUGAGGCCUCUGUAUUUAUUUGCUUUUUUAAAGGUACUACCGUAUGAUUUUGUUGAGUAUUAUCGGAGCAAAGUUACAAGGUUUGUAAACUAACUGGUUACAUUAAUCAGCUUAAUCUGUCUCAUCCACCAUUUUUUUACUCUACAUGGACACAACGACGUCUCAACCACAGACUGUCUCUCCUCAGGUUGAAACGUCGUCAUGUUUAUGUAGAAUAAAAUAAAAAUGACAACAACACGAAUCAAAUCCAGACAUGUAAGAAGCUGAAACCUGAGAAUAUUUGCUUGAAAAAAAAGUCAAAAACAACUCAUUGAUUAUCAAACUAGUCACUUCUAGGUUCUAAGUUAAAGUUAAAGUUAAGUUAAAAACCUUCUGUAAAUCUCUGAGGUCUCAUUAAACAACCUUGUGGGUUUUUGAACAACUGUCAACGAUUAAAUGUGACGAUAAAAGACACAAACUACAGCGACAGCUUAUUCUGUAAUCUUGAGAAAACAAACUUUGUCCAGACCUCUGUCCUCGCAGAGAGACGAAGCUCCCUCAGGUGAGCUGGCGUCUGAUUGGUCGGUCACCUCCGCCUGCCGCCUACAGCGUCGGCCUGCAGAAACAUCACAGCACUGUGAUACCUACAGACUCCUAAUAACUGCGUGUGUGUACAUAGCUGAGAGAAGAGAAACUAUUUGAAAAUACAAAGGCGACACUGCUGUCUGGCAUUUUGUAUUUAAAUUAUUUAUUUUUGUAGAUUUUGACCAAUGAGCUCCGCUGUUACAGCUGUCACAGUCGUGCUCUUUCUAUUGAAUAAAGAUUUCUAAGAGACUAAA